CGCCUUUAAAAUCACCGUCGCCGCCGGGCAAAGGCAAAACAAAAACAAGACGAAAAUCGUCUUCUCCUCACUCAAGAAUUUUUGCGCGUUGUGUCCAGUUCGUAGUUCUACGUGAUCCGUGAUUAUCCCUUAAUUCCUCCCGUCAAGGAACUUCCCCAACGUUUCAGGUACAGCAUAAACUGCAAUGGCCCGUACUAAGCAGACCGCCCGUAAAUCCACCGGAGGUAAAGCUCCCCGUAAACAGUUGGCUACCAAAGCAGCACGUAAAAGUGCACCAUCUACCGGAGGUGUAAAGAAACCACAUCGUUACCGCCCUGGUACUGUUGCUCUUCGAGAAAUUCGUCGCUACCAGAAGUCAACUGAAUUGCUCAUCCGCAAAUUGCCGUUCCAACGUCUUGUACGUGAAAUUGCUCAGGAUUUCAAAACUGAUCUUCGUUUCCAAUCGGCUGCAAUUGGUGCCCUUCAGGAAGCAAGCGAAGCUUAUUUGGUCGGCUUGUUUGAAGACACCAACUUGUGCGCCAUCCACGCCAAGCGAGUGACAAUUAUGCCGAAAGACAUCCAGCUUGCUCGUCGUAUUCGAGGCGAACGUGCUUAAAUACUUUCUACACUUAUUUUAUACCUAAAUCUAUCUGAUCUGGAAGUAUGUUUAUCUUACACUUUUAUGAUAACUAGGAUUAGUGUAAUAUUACUGAGUAACGUUUUAAUAAUUUUCUUCUAUUCUUGAAAACAAUCACGCUAGCAAUAGCACGACCCAGACGCAGGUUACCUGGAUCGGGUCUUUAUUUAAGUUAUUUUACUUCUUUCUUAUGUACUUGAGUAAGAGAUAAUUUCGUUUAAGAAUUUUGAAACUUAAUGAAAGUAGUAACGUAAACAGUUUUUAUCUAGACGAAAAUUGGAUUUAGUUUAAUUCACCUGGCUUGUGAACAAGUUCUAGUUUGUAUUAAUUUACAUUAAUGUAGUGUUAAAGUAAAUUUAUAGUAUUUCGGGGGAAAUAAAAAUUUAACC